UAUAUAAAGAUACGUAUGUUUGAAAAGGGUUUUACUGUUCCUUCCGGAACCGCUGGCACAGUCCUGUGCCUACGUCAGCUCAGAUACUUUAAGGGGUCUCCAGUCUCUGCAGCGCGCAGAGCAAAACGCGUCUCUGUCCCGAACUAUCACAGGCUCGACCUUACAGCUUCACGACGCUUCAUCACUUACUCAUCACCUAAAGAAGAAAACAUGGCUGUGGUGAAAGAUAAGGAUGGUAAAUUUUUGACUGUUGAGGAUACUCCUGAUGGCUUGAAGAUGUGUGCUGUUGAGCAACAAAAUGAAGAAAAUGCACCCUGUGUGCAGAUAAAGAGGCGUGAAAGAAACAACACGAACGAAGUUGCUUUCAUAUUCAAGUAUAAAGAUACACACUAUUUCCCAAAGGUGGAUGGAAAAAAACUGAAGCUGGAGAAGGCUGCUGGUUCUACCGUCUCCUCAGGUGGUCAGAGUGCUUGGUUUCAAAAGGUAAACCAAGGACACGGUGAACAUUACAGCCUGCGGUCUGUGGCUGCACCUUUAUUAUACCUCUCCAGACGUCUAAGUUCUAAGCGAAAGAGUUUCAUCCUCACUGACAAAUCUCAGGAGUGUGUUCUGAUCACCGAUAAAAAUAAGUACUAGAGGUGGUUACAUAACUGAAAAAAUCCCCUCCUUCCUUUUCUCCUCUGGAUCAAGCAGUCACCGAAGUUAUUUAGGUCAAUUCUCUUUCUUGGGUGGAUAAGUGUUUUCCUGUUAAACUUCUUUAUAAACAAAUGGGUAUGCAAUGGCUUGCAAUUAGUUGGGGGCACAUCAAGUUUAUAGCUCUUUCCUCCCUUUUAAUGUGAAUGUGUUUCUGCAGAUGCUUUCGAUAUACUGGUAUCGACAUUUGGAAAGACUAAUCCUUGUGAAACAUUUGUAUGACUAAUGUACGUGCAUAUGCUGUGAAGCUUAUUGGAAUGUUUUUUGUUGUUUUUUUUACAAAGAGUUUCUUAACCUCUUUACUAGAUCUCCAGACCAAGCCUGAGGCAGUUUGGGGUUAUUACCACAACAAUAUUCACAAUCCAAUACAGUGACUCUCUGCCAGUAAUUCUAACACAGCUUGAAGAAAUUAUAAUAAUCACAUAAAAUAUACUAAUAUAUUAUGAACAUACUAACUAAUUAACUGUGAAUAUAAGCACAUUUUCUAACAGUUGGAUAUUCUGAAUUGUAUUCUGCUGGUUUGGCAGAGAAGUUAUUGUAAAGGGAUGUUAAGGGAUGUUUAUUUUGUAAAUAAAUUUUAUAUACUACAAGGAA